AUGUCCAAAAUGAGUUUACCCCUUAAUCCUAAGCCUUUUCUCAACGGGCUGACAGGAAAGCCGGUGCGGGGGAGCCUGGUCUCCAUAGACGGCUACAUAAAAGUUGCAAAUGCACAAGAAUACAUGAACAGGGCAUUGUCUGGACAUCUGGGUGAAGUUCUAAUACAGUGUGAUAGUGUUCUUUCUAUCAGAGGCAUAAAAGAGGAAGAUGGGGAAAUGAGAGACUAG